GCGAGGGGAUGCGGUGCGCCCGCGCCGCGUGCUGCGCCGAAGCGGCUCUUUAGAUCCUCCCCGGCCCGAGCCUCCCAUGCCAUGGAUGCCUCCGGGGCUCUUGCUUCGGCUCCCUCCUCCGCGGCUCCCUCGGGCUCCCGCAGCCCCCUGUUCCCCCCCGGAGCUGACAGAGAGGAGUGGGGACCGAGGUUCAAUUGUGCCCCUUCCACCUCUGCCGCAGCCUCGCAGGCGAUGCCAGCGUCUGGCCGGAAGAGGAAGGCCAACUUCUCCAAUGACGAGACCGAGACGCUGGUCUGGAAUGUGGUCCGGCAUUUCAGCGCCCUGUACGGGUCCGAGGCCCUGCGGGCUCACCCCGUGCGGCGGAAGCAGCUCUGGACCCAAAUCCAAAGCCGCGUCAACUUCCUGGGCUACACCGAGCGCUCCAUCGACGACCUCAAGCACAAGUGGCGCGACCUGCGGCUGGACGUCAAGAAGAAGAUCACCUCCAAGAAGCACCUGCCCAUGAACCGCGCCGGGGGGCCGCUCCACAAGCCGCGCCUCACGCCCCUGGAGAAGAUGGUGGCCUCCACCUUCCUGCAGGCCAGCCACGACUCGGAGCCCGAGAUCAUCCUGGACCCGGAUCUGUUCUUCCCUGGCGCGUCCAAGCAGCCCUUCAUGCACCUGCAGCCCGGCGUGAGCCACCCCAGCAUCUACAUCGACACCAACGGGCAGCCCUCGGCCCUGCCGGACGUGGAGGGCUCGGCCGCGCCGCGGCUGCCGGGACAGAGCCCCGACCCCGCCGGCGGCACCGACUACGGCCGAGGAGAGGGGCAGGCCGGCUCCGCCGAGUCGGGGCCGGAGCUGCGGACUCCAGACGUGUCGGCCAUCUCCCCGUCCCUGCGGAACGAGUCCCUGGUCUCCUACGCCUCCAUGUCGGAGGAGGAGGAACGGGAGGGCCGGGAGGUGGAGCGUGGCCACGGCGGGGCCGCGGGGAUGCAGCCGGGGCCCGAGGCCCCCAUGUCUGCGGAGGAGGACAUGAAGCUGUCCCGCCAGGCCAUGCUGAUCCGCCGCUGCAGCUCCCAGGGCUCCGUCACCUCCCUACCCGAGGACUCCUUGAACCCCGCGGACGCUCACUCGGACUGGGGGCACGAGGGGGUGUCCGACCUGCCCGCCCUGGGCCGCGGGAUGGACUCGGCGCAUCCCGAGGAGCAGGCGGGGGGCCCGGGCCCCGAGAUGGGCGCCUUGCCCAGGGUACUGAUGGGGCCCACCUGGGAGAAGGCCCCGGCGGACGAGGAGCCCCCGGCCCGUUCCCCGCUCCACGGCGCCCUGACCGAGGAAUCGCUGCCCUCCUCCGCCUCCCCCCCCGGAGACGCCCCGGCCGCCCCCGGCCCCCCGCGCGGGCUGGGCUGCUCCCGGCUGCGCGAGGAGCGCCGGGACAGCUGGAGGACUAGCAUCCAUCACCUGCUCGACCUGGAGGAGCAGUGGGACCAGCUGUACCACCAGGAGCUGGCCAUGUGGCAGGAGGAGCGGGCCACCCAGCGCGAGGAGCGGGCGCGCGACCGGGAGCUGCAGUUCCGCCUGCUCGGCGUCCUCACGGACAUCCGGGACGAGCUGCGCUACCUGCGCCAGGAGCGAUCCAGCACCCGCCAGAGCCCGGCGCCGCCGCCCCCCGAGCCCCGCCGCGACCCCAGCCCGCUCCUCGAGCAGCCCAAAGUCGAGCCCGGCUUCCCGGAGCCGCCGAGCGAGAGCGCCGCGUGGGCGGACGCCGCCGUGCCCAGCCGGAGCCCCUUCGGUGGCCGUGGCCGGGGCCGGCGCCGCGGGCGGCCACGUGGCUCCGCUUCCAGACACAGACGCCUGUUCCUCACCAACAGCUAGGGACGGGCCGAGCGCCGGCCCGCCAAGGACACGCUGGGUGCCCGGCCCCGGGGACGGCGCGUGCGGGCGCUGCUCCGCGGGGAGGUGCGGGGGAACACGGGGGGACACAGGUGGCCGGUGCCGUGCCCUGUGCUCCGAUGCACCAGGCACGUGUCCCCCACACGCGUGUUGAGGCGUGUGAGCGCCCCGAGGUCACGCCGAGCCCGCGGGGGACACGCGUGGGUGUCGCCGGGGCGGCGUGACGCCCAUAGUCGAGUAGGAUUUACUACCUUCCGGGGGGUGGGGAGUUAGGAACACUUAGUCGCUGACGUGCGAACAUUUUAUGCAAAUCAUUUAAUGAACUAAUUUGCAUAUAACCAUAAAACUUCUGUUAAAAAAAAAAAAGCCUCCAAAA